UUUUUUUCUGUUGGGCAACUGCGCUCGGUAAGAGAAAGAAGGCCAACCUGCGAGUUGAACCGUUUUCUGGUCGUUACGUUGCCGUCCAUUGCGAAACAGCGAGAGAAGCGGUUGCGCAAGCAGAUCUGAAAUCUCAAAGGCUACCCCUUGAAAUUGGGAAAAACAUACUUUUUUUUAUUUCAACCCCCUACGCUGGCGGUUUCUGACCAGGAUUACGCCAACCUUCUUUCUUCUCUGAGGGUCUAGGCUCAUCGUGACAAAAGGUCUUGUCAUUCUGGCCUUCUCUCUUUCGAAAUUCGUGUUUGUUCCUGUCUACCAGCGCUGGCACUGGGAACUGUAGUGUUUUAUAUACACGGGACGAAAUUCAGUGUGAAUUUGACAUAGUCCCACAAAAAAAGUGUUUCUUGGGAAACGACGACGACAAAAAACCUGUCCGAGGGCAAAAGACAACAGCGCUUUUUGCGGACAGCCCUUGGUUUUUUCUUGAACCAUGUCGUCAAAGGAAGAAGUUCUUCUCUGGGCCGAUGGACUCGACGCGUAUAGAAAGGGCGACUGGACAAGCGCCUUGGAGUUUUUCCAGCGAAUUGGUGACUACUCCCGCAUACACUUCAACUGCGGUAUGAUAUAUACUCGCGUCGAAGAUUAUGCAUCCGCAGCAGUUUGCUAUACGAGGGCGCUGGACGCCGACCCAUACCUCGCGGUAGCAUACUUUCAAAGAGCAUAUUGCUGGUUCAUGCAAGAGGCGUAUGACCGUGCCGAACGAGACUACACCACGAGCUUGGGGCUGCUUCGCGAAAAUGAUUACAUUGACUACUCGCAACUCGGACUCAAGUACCGUCUUUACCGCUGCGAGAUUCACUUUAAUCGAGCAAUGUGUGCGCACUCUAUAAACGACAAUGUCGGAUGUACGCAAGACAUUAGUUAUGCGCAGCGCGUCUCCCGUACAGACGAACAAAAGUCGAUCAUUGAUCGUGCGGCCCGCGUGGGUGUGGAAACCGUGACAUUGUUUACCGUGCCCGUGGAUGCAGUCUUUGAGGUUGGGGAAGCCAAGAUUCGUAAUGCUGGAGAACGAAGCUACCUCAAGGAUGCCAAGGUUGUCGUAGACGCCACAGGUGGAAGCGAAAAUGGUGGAUGGGUAGGUUUUGAUGGUGCGGUCAUCGUUGAUCCUGGAGUGGCAACCUCCGAUCGACUCGGUGAGCGGAGCGGAACCGUUGUCCGACGUACCGAUAGUACAUCCCGACCUCGAGCCAACACCGUUCCGCGAUACGCACCCACCCCUCCCCCCGAAACCGAGCGCUUCCCUACCACUACGCGAAGCGCAACUAUGAGGGACAGAGGCGGCAACAACCUUCGUUCCGCAUCCCCGCGUCUGCCCAACGAUUCCCGAGAUCUUCGAUACGACGGUUCACCGGGUGAGCGCACCAAUAGUUUACCGCGCGGAAUCACCACAAACCAAUCCACCCUCUCGCGAAGCACAACUUCCUACCAAUCUCAAACGUCUCGUAACAUGCUCCUUCGCGCCGCAACCGAUCGUGGACCAGAACGGGACUAUCCAAACACUCGUACAAUCGAGAGAAGCUAUACUGACUCUGUCACUAGCAUGCCACGGCAACCACAACCCUUACAACCACAACCGCUACAACGUGUUCCAUACCCGUCCCCAAGCACAUCCCCUAACAGCCUCACACCAUCCUCACCUGCAACCGAUGUCACCAAAGGCAAACUUAAAUGCAAAGUUCAUAGCGUGCCGCCACUUUCCCCCCGAACAGUUCUCCUUCUCGUAAACCCGUCAACCCUCACACACCAAUUUCUCGUUACCCGUGUCAAGGAAAAGUUUAAUUUGAAAGGUCGGCCGCAGCUAUCGUUCCGUGACAUGGAUGAGGAUGGACAAAAGAAUGGAAGCAUGAUUUCCAUUUUGGAUGAUGAUGAUUUGGGUGUGGCGUGCGAGGUGAUGGCCGGUAAAGUGGAGCUGUACGUCAGCGAGCUCAAGGGCAUGGGCGAGGAUGAGGUGUACGAUAUGUACUAGACAUAGGAUACAGAAGCAAGGGAUGCAAUUGGGAUAAUGUUUUGUUUCUCUUAGACGGUGGGGGCCUUUAUUUUGGGGUUGCUCUCAUGGUGCUUUACUGGAGGUAGGAGAGUAAAAGAUUGGGAUUUGUGGUGAUGGUGGGGUUUGAGAGAUUGGUGGGACACGAUUUACAUAUCUAUACUCAAAAAGCAUCAAGUUGUAUAUAGCGUUUUUUCCGCCAAAUAUUUUAAAAAUCUACAUAAUCGA